AUCAGCCAACUGGGAGAAGCAGAGUAUACUCAUUCGAGAAAGAUAUUCCAAGUCCUGACAAACCAAAAAGGAACGGUUUUCCUUCAAGUCUAUCCUUUAUUCUCCUAAAAUGGCAGAGUCCAUUGUCCAAUCAGCUGCCCAGACUAUUGGGAAUCUACUGGUUGAAGAAGCAAAAUACUUGUAUGCAGUGAGUGAUCAGAUCAAGAGGCUUGAAGAAGAACUUGAAUGGAUGCAACUUUUCUUGAAGGAUGCGGAUGCAAGACAGCAUGAUGAUGCAGUGGUUCGUAAGUGGGUUUCUAAAAUCAAAGAAUUAGCUUAUGAAGCUGAGGAUAUCAUUGAAAAGUACAUCCUCAGAGUCUCCUUGAAAAGGCCAGAUGGCUUUUGGAACACGCUUAAAUGGUUGUUCUCUUGCAUCUUCAGGGAUGCUGCAGCUCUCCAUGAAGUUGGCUCUGAUGUCGAUGAUUUAACACAAAAGAUCUCCUUCCUGACAUCCAGGAUGACCACGUACGGUGUGAAUAUUAGAACCGGAGUCAGCAGCUCAUUAUCCUAUGCUAAGCGAAUGGAGCUCAGACGAACUUUUUCCCAUGUUGAGGAAGAUGACCCUGUUGGGCUCGAGAGUGACUCCAAAACAUUGGUGGGCCGGCUGGUGAAUCAAGAAUGCAAGAUUGUUGUCGUCUCGGGGAUGGGUGGUUUAGGUAAAACCACCCUUGCAAAAAAGGUUUACCAUCACCCUACGAUUAGGCAACACUUCCAUGCUUUUUCCUGGGUUCAUGUAUCUCAACAGUUUCAAACUCAGAAUGUUUUGAAAGAAAUUCUACUUGACCUUGCACCAAAAACCGAAACGGGUGAGGAUCCAAGGAAUCGGAUUAAGGGACUAAGUGAGUCAGAGCUUCCUGACGAGGUCUACAAAGUGCUAAAAGAUAAGCCCUAUUUGGUAGUUCUUGAUGAUGUUUGGACCCAAGAAGAUUGGAAGAGGCUGCAACGUGCUUUUCCGAUAAAUGAUUGCCGCAGCAAAUUGUUGGUGACAACACGUAAUAAAGACAUAUUGCGAGAGAUGGAUGUUCCAGGGAUAUUCCAGCAUGAACCUGAGGAAUUAGACAUGGACCAGAGUUGGAAGCUUUUGAAGAAGAAAGCAGCUGGCAAAAUAGGUGGUCCAAAAACCACAGAUGCAAAAAUAGAGAAGUGGGGACGGAAAAUGUUAGCACACUGCCGCGGUCUUCCAUUGGCAAUUGUUGUGCUCGGAGGAGUUUUGGCGACAAAGAAGACACCAAAGGAGUGGGAGGCUGUGUACAAGGAUAUCUGUUCAUCUUUGGAGAGGGACAAGUACUGCAACCAACCAUAUAAGGAGGUGUAUGAUGUAUUGGCAUUGAGCUACCACGAUUUGCCAUAUCAUCUAAAGCCUUGCUUCCUUCAUUUGGGAAACUUCCCAGAAGACUAUGAAAUACCCACAGAGAAGUUAUAUCAGAUGUGGAUUGCUGAAGGUCUUGUGACACUGAGCGACAUUUCAGGAGUAGAGUCUUUGGAGGAUGCUGCGGAACGCUAUUUGAAUAACCUGGUCCAGAGAAGCAUGGUUCAGGUGGGUGAAAAGAGUCCAAUCGGAGGAAUAAACACAUGUCGUCUCCAUGACCUUGAACGAGAAAUGUGCUUGGAGAUGGUAAAAGAAGAAAAUUUUCUUCAGAACGUAAACAUGAGUACAUUGAGAGAGCAGGACCUAUUGGAAUUGAGUAACAUCAGCAGGCUUUCAGUCGUGGAUGGAUUACGCAAGGAAAGCUUGGAGUUAAUCCUCCAAUCCAAAAGCACGACAUCAGGACGACUUCGAAGGAUGGACCUUACAGACUUGAAUGAGGUGCCAAAUAUCCGGUCAAGGUGCCAGAAUCUUCAGGGACUUGAAUUCCGUUACACGCACAAUAGAUUCUGGCACCGCGAAUGUCCGAUAACUUCGAUAAACCUGUCCUCAGAAAUGCUACCCGAGAAUUUGACAUCCUUAGUGUUCUAUUUUGGUGAACUUUUACAUGACCCAAUGCCAAUCGUAGGGAAGCUUCCUUGCCUACGAUUCUUCGCGUUACAAGUAUGCUUUUGUGGGUCGAAAAUGGUCUGUUCAGGUGAAGAUUUCCCUCAGCUCACUUACCUAAAACUUGAUGGCUUGUUCAACCUACGGGAGUGGGUGGUGGAGAAGGGAGCCUUCCCUAAUCUUGCCAAGAUUGAGAUAUGGAAUUGUCCCAUUCGAAGGUU